CUCACCCAACAAUUACCUCGCAAUUUUGGCCGGCCCGGCCGCCCAUCAAAACCAUCGCACCGGCAACUGCAAAACACGACUCCAACUCAGAGGAUUCACUGGGUCCACGUCCAUGGAGACCAACCCACCACAGCUCUUUCUUCCCGCGACGGCGGCGGCGACAUCAGCGAGACGUAGAUCCGUCCGAUCACGCGGGGCCCGCAAGCGCCGGAGGAUCGCCGCCGAGGACACCGGCGGCUGGGCGUCGCUCCCCGACGACAUAGUCCGCCUCGUCGCCGACCGGGUGCUGAUCGCCGGCGACGUCGUCGACUACGUCUCCCUCCGCGCCGCCGGCUCGGACUGGCGCGCCAGCACCGACUCCCCGCUCCUCGCCGGCCACCGGCACCACCCCGCGCGCGGCUGGGCCGCGCUCUGCGACGGCGACGCGGCGCGCCCGGACGACGCCGACCAGGUCGCCUUCUUCAAGCCCGCCACCGGCCGCCGCGUCCGCGUCCGCCGCCUCCGCCUCCGCGGCAGCAGGAUCGUCGCCUUCAGCGCCGGCCUCCUCGUCCUGCUCCACAAGCGCCACACCACCGUCCAGGUCCUCCACCCCUUCACCCGCGCCGUCCUCCUCGACCUCCCCAGCCUCGCCACCGCCUUCCGCCUUGUCGGGGGCACCCGCGACUCCCUCCUCCGCAUGAACGCCGCCGUCUUCACCACCCCCACCUCCACAACCACCGCCACCACCUCCACCAUCGACGCCGUGGUCGCCUGGUUCCCCGGCACGCGCGCCGUCCUCUACGCCAAGCCGGACGACACCGCCUGGAACUGGGAGUGGGACGCCGCCGUCCUCGACAUCCACCUCCACAGCGUCCUCGCCUUCCGCGGCGGCCUCUACGCCACCACCAAGACCUCCACCAACAUCCUCCAGCUCUACCCUCCCACCUCCAACAACACCACCUUCCCGGUCGACACCCCGAUCCCGGACGCGCUCGGCGACCCGUCCUCCUGCCUCUACUUCCUCGUCGAGUGCCAAGGCCGCAUGCUGCUCGCCGUCCGCCACUACGCCGCCACGCCCACGGUGCACACCGCCGUCAAGGUCUUCCAGGUGGACCUCGACCGCCGCCGGCUCAAACUGGUCAGAGGCAUCGCCGACCGCGCGCUGGUCCUCGGCGCCGACAGGUGCCUCUCCGUCUCGGCCAAGGACCUGCCGUCCAUCAGCGGGAACUCUGUCUACUGCUCCUCUCAGUACGGUGUCGAGUGCUUCUCCAUCGGCGGCGGCCCUGCCGGCCACGAGUGGUUCGCCGCCUUGCGCUCCGUGCGGCCAUUCACCAUUCUCGAUCAUCUCGUCACAUACUGCAAUCACCUUGAGUGGGCCAGGGGCCUCAUGUUCCAUGAGUAUCAGCUCAUACCUGAUUGUCUAGUGGAAUUGAAGACCAAAAUCAAGAAGCAGGAUUCACAGCUGCAUAUUCCAAUUCGCGAGCCCGAUAAGAAGACGACCAAACCAUCUCCUGCUGCAAACUAGCACACUAGCUAUGCAUAUAUGAUGAUAAGUGUGAUCGAAAACAUGUACAAUCGUACUAAAAUACAAGAACUCAGGGACUCAACUAUGUACCAAUGAUCACUAGCUACAAUCAAUAUAUAUACCUCAUAGUUGUUCCUAACCAUUGUUUUUCUUAGGUCAUCAUUUACAGUUGAGCAGUGCCUACCUGGCCAUCGAUCAUGGACCUGUGCGGCCGUCGUGAGCUGAGUUCUUAGGAUUGUCGUGGAACCUGAGAUGACACGAUUCGGACGGGGGUGUGCGUGGCAGAUGCUCGUCUUCUUUCUGAAUAAAAGAGAAGAACAGAAAAGCAGCGGACAUUAUGCUGAGCCAAAACCUCUCGGUGUUCCUCUCAAUCUCUCAGUUUGAUUCUAGGACUUCAGGCAUCAACGAGACUCUUGCGUCUUAUUACAGUGACCUGCUAUGCACAUAUAUAGAAUAUGGCAGUCGCUUGGGAUUUAGGGUUGGUGUUGUGAUAUCUGUCUAGAAUCUGAGUGUAUUUGUUGUGUACCAUACUCUCUCUAACAUUGUCAGGCUUUGAUUGCUAUGUGAAUUGUCGGUGUAAUUUUGCUGAGCC